AUGAUUGGCGCGUCUUCAUCUAGUUCAACUACUUCUACUUCUACAUUCGAGACAGACUUCCUGGAGAAAUUCCGUACUGGUUUCGCAGAAGCCGUCACAGCUUCGAAAGUCGCUGCCACUGCCUCCACGCCGCUCCUCAAGGAGGCACUUGGUCCCGGCCUGAACGAGGAACUCCGCGUGGCUGCGAUUCAAAGUUGCGGAGUGCUAUGUCAACUUGCUUGCAUCAGUGGAACAUCAUCG